UGACAAGUAACAUGUUGAUUAGGCUUAAUUAGAGUCACGAAAGCCCAAAAGAAAGAGUAGUGAAGCACGAAAACCCUAACAACGAUACUGCGUGUUUGCGGAAAUGACGAAACUGCUAUCCACGCUCUUUCGUUCUUAAAUCCAACUUUGAAAAGUCAGUGAAAGCAAAAAGAAAUGGAAGAAGCAGAAGCAGAAUCAAACCGAGACAACGUUGAAGUAGCUCCGGCAGUAAUCGCGGUUCACCCGGAACAAACCUCCGUCGUCGUCGCCGUUGGACCCGACCUUCGUGUCUUCGACCUCCUUGCUGGUUCCGCUGCUUCUCUAGUCGACGAGUGCGGUGCACCCUUCCACAAGGACUCAAUCAGAGCUAUCAGAUUCGGCUCCAGACGGAAGCUCUUCGUGUCCGCCGCGACGACAAAACUGUCAAGAUUUGGUCCACGGAAUCGUGGCGCUGCGUCUGCACGGUGUCGUCGGAGAAGAGGGUGAGUGCGGUUGCGAUAAGCGAGGAUGGUUGCCACGUGUGUUUCGCUGACAAGUUUGGUUGCCAUACAGAGAGGGAGGUCUAUCCUGCCUUGCGUUUGUUCAUGCUCGGAAUGCCCUCAAGGCCUUCUUGUCUCUGGCAGUGGUGAUUCAACGGUUCCAUUGUGGGAUUUCUCCUCUGGCGUGCUCCUAGAUACUUGUGAGGUUGCUGCUAAGGCAGGACUUUUAGAGUCUAAUGGUGAAGCAGAAGAGCAUGGCCAUGCUGUUACUUAUUUGUGCACCACCAUCAGUGGUUUGCUUAUUGCUGUGGCCAUCCAAAGCUUGCAAGGAACAGUAUGGUUCAGCUGCGAUGUUUCUGCACCCACACUUUCUGUUUCCAAGGUAAGAAAUAUGAUAACACAUUUUUUAAAUGACACUCAUUUGCAUGAUUGCUGUCAUAUUUAGUGUGCCUUCUUUCAUUGUGAUCUAUUCUUCAUGUAUAAUGUUAGAUUUCUAAAGUCAACUCAUGCGUUAUCUGUGUAAGAGUGUAGCAACCACAAAACCUUUUCUAGAGACAGGAAUUUAAACUGAUGGGAACCUUUGUUCCUAGUUGCCUGGAUGGUAACUGGUGUUUCUAGUUUACCUGCUUGUAACUGCCCGCUGUUGGCUUGCGUGCAAGUAAUCCCUGCUAUUGAUGCUGCACUAGAGCCAGUAGUUUUGGGAGACGAUGAGAUACCUGGUGGAGAGAAGCUGCUAGAAACGUGCAAGGAAGUGCUUCUGUUGAUGAGACUGCUUUCUUGGCUGCAGCUGAAGCUGUCAAAACAGCAAUGCGCAACCUAUUGAUUAAAAAGCAAUACCCUGCAGAUAAUAGAGAAUCUAGGAAGAAAACUAGAAAUUAGGUGUGCUAAUGACACGGCUUGGCCCGAAGACCCGGUCUGGACCUGGUCACUUUUGGGGUUUAUUUGGCCCGGGUUUGUUGUGACUUGGUUAUACCCGAGGUUUCAAUAAAGGAACCCGCUAAUUUAUUAAAUCGGGUUUGGACCAAGGCCUGGGUUACCCAGACCUGGCUGUUGGGCCCGCAUGGUAAAAAAAUUGUGCAUUAUAUUUGUUGUGUAAUUGACCUAAUUAUUAUAAGACUUUAAAUUAUUAUUAUUGGACUAAGUUGUUAUUA